AGCUGUAAUCAUCAUGUCUGGAAGAGGUAAAGGCGGUAAAGGACUCGGGAAAGGAGGCGCUAAGCGUCACCGCAAAGUGUUGCGUGAUAACAUCCAGGGAAUCACCAAACCCGCCAUCCGGCGUCUCGCUCGCCGUGGCGGUGUCAAGCGUAUCUCCGGUCUGAUCUAUGAGGAGACACGCGGUGUGUUGAAAGUGUUUCUGGAGAACGUUAUCCGUGAUGCCGUCACAUACACUGAACACGCCAAGAGAAAGACCGUCACUGCCAUGGACGUUGUGUACGCGCUGAAACGACAGGGACGAACUCUGUACGGCUUCGGAGGAUAAACGACUUGAUUCUCAUCAGACAAACCCAACGGCUCUUUUAAGAGCCACACACACUCUCACAUGAAGAGUCAAUGUCUUGGUGGUAGAGUUGUUUUAUAUUUACAAUAAACAUAAAUAUUAUUAUAAGUUCUGCAGAAAGUGUUUUUGUUCUCUG